AAGGAUCCGAGGUGAAAUUAGUAGCAAGAAAGCAUGUAAUUGACAAAGUCACGUGGCUCAGGGGGCCAGAAACUGGAGAGAGAAGAGAAAAAAAUCAAAAGAGGGAAAGCACAUUAGACCAUGCGAGCUAAAUUUGUGAUCGCACAAAAUCAAGAUGUUAGAUUGAUGCAGAAGAUCACUCCGUUCCAAAGGGAAAGUUUUCAUCUCACGAGUUUGGAGCAGAGGGCCCGUGGGGCAACAUGGCCGAAGGCGGGGCAAGCAAAGGUGGUGGAGAAGAGCCCGGGAAGCUGCCGGAGCAGGCAGAGGAGGAAUCCCAGGUUUUGCACGGAACUGGCCACUGUAAGUGGUUCAAUGUGCGAAUGGGAUUUGGAUUCAUCUCCAUGAUAAACCGAGAGGGAAGCCCCUUGGAUAUUCCAGUCGAUGUGUUUGUACACCAAAGCAAAUUAUUCAUGGAAGGAUUUAGAAGCCUAAAAGAAGGAGAACCAGUGGAAUUCACAUUUAAAAAAUCUUCCAAAGGCCUUGAAUCAAUACGGGUAACUGGACCUGGUGGGAACCCUUGUUUAGGAAGUGAAAGAAGACCCAAAGGGAAGACACUACAAAAAAGAAAACCAAAGGGAGAUAGAUGCUACAAUUGUGGUGGACUUGAUCAUCAUGCUAAGGAAUGUAGUCUACCUCCUCAGCCAAAGAAGUGCCAUUACUGUCAGAGCAUCGCGCACAUGGUGGCAAACUGCCCACACAAGACUGUGGCGCAGCCGCCCGCCAGUUCUCAGGGAAGACAGGAAGCGGAAGCCCCGCCAUGCACUUCGGCUUUUCCUCGAGAGCUGGGCGGAGGGCAUGGCUGCACGUCACCGCCGUUUCCUCAGGAGGCGAGGUUCGAGAUCUCAGAAUGGCCAGGCAGGUCAUCUCAAGAAGCUUCCUCGGCGAAGUCCUCCGCGGCGCCGGAAGAACCAAGCAAAAAGGGGCCUUCUGUUCAAAAAAGGAAAAAGACAUAA